UAAGAAACGGCUUCGUUUGCUGUCCGCUACAGGAAUCACAACUCAAAAUACCCCCCUUCCUCUACCAUUUAUUACCAUCGUCUUGCACUGGUUAUAUGAACAUGCCUCCGAAAAAGAAAGCUGCUAAGUCGGCAAAGGGAAAACCCCCCACUGUGGUAGAUGGUCUCUCCACUGAAGAGAUGUCGAAGGAGCAGCUGGAGGAGCACAUUGUGCGGCUCCGGGAUGAGCUGGAUAGAGAAAGGGAGGAGCGCAACUACUUCCAGCUGGAGAGGGACAAGAUCCAUACCUUCUGGGAGAUCACCAGGAGGCAGCUGGAGGAGAAGAAGGCGGAGCUCAGGAACCGGGACAGGGAGAUGGAGGAGUGUGAAGAUCGACAUCAAGUGGAAAUCAAGGUUUAUAAGCAGAAGGUGAAGCACCUACUGUAUGAACAUCAGAACAACGUCGCCGAGCUGAAGGCCGAAGGAGUGCUGAGCAGCAAGGUGAUGCAGAAGGAGCACGGAAGCCAGGAGAACGAGCUGCGGAGGGCCAUGCGGGCUCUCAAGGUGGAUUACAAGGAGCAGGAGCUAGGGCAUGAGGACCUAGUGAAGAGCCUCAAGCUGAAGCAAGAGGAAGAAGUUACCAAAACAAUGAGUGAUUUUGAACGGCAAGUACGAGAAAUAGAGGCAAAGUAUAAAAAGAAAAUGGAGGCUAUGAGAGCGGAGCUGGAUUUGAGGAGGAAAACAGAAAUUCAUGAGAUAGAGGAGAGGAAGAACGGCCACAUCGAUACACUGAUGAAGAACCAUGAGAAGGCCUUCAGUGACAUAAAGAACUACUACAAUGACAUCACUAUCAACAACCUGUCCCUCAUUAACUCACUCAAGGAGCAAGUUGAUGAGAAAAAGAAGAAGGAAGAGAGGAUGGAGAAGGAGAUGGCAGAGGUGCAGCAGCAGAACAAGCGCCUGACGGAGGCUCUGCAGAAGGCCAGCGGCCAGCUGGCGGAGCAGAAGAAGCAGCUGGCUAACUAUGAUAUGGACAAAGGCUCCCUAGCGCGGGCCAAAGCACAUCUGAAGAUUGCAGAAAAGGAGAAUAAGGACCUAAAGUGGGAACAUGAAGUGGUAGAACAGAGGUUCGGCAAGGUCCAGGCAGAGAGGGAUGAACUGUACCAGAAGUUCACGCAGGCCAUUCAGGAGGUGCAGCAGAAGAGCGGCUUCAAAAACUUGCUCCUGGAGAAGAAGCUGGAGGUUCUGGCUGACACCCUGGAGAAGAAAGAAGCUCAGCUGAAUGAAGUCCUGUCUGCCUCCAACCUGGAGCCCACGGCUCUUAGCGUGGCGAGCCGCAAGCUGGAGGAUGUUUUGGAUGCUAAGAACCUCACCAUCAAAGACCUGCAGUAUGAAUUAGCUCGUGCGUGCAAGGCUCACAAUGACUUGCUGCGGACGUGCGAGGCUAAGCUCAGUGCAUUUGGGAUCCCCGUGGAAGAGCUGGGUUUCAAGCCCCUAGAGAGCAGCGUGACGGGACAGACUCUGGGUCUGGGGCCUUCUGGGCUUGUGUCCGCCCCAACGUGAGCCGCGAAGCCCGCUACAGGGACGCGGUGUUUAUCGAUAGUAUUUUGAAAUAAAAGUGAACCAUCAGUCUGA